AUGGGGAUAUGGAUGAGCCGCAUGCUUAGUUACUUUGGGGAAAAGGAGGCGCGGAUACUGGUGCUGGGCCUGGACAACGCCGGCAAGACAACCAUCUUGUGUGAGUGCGAUUUGCCCCCUGCUGGGACCACGGCGGCCGCAGCAGCAGGCGGUUUCGACGGCGCCCUGUUUCUGCUGCCGCCGCGGCUGCCGCCGCUGCCGCUGCUGGUCGGGGAGGUUGUGUCGACGAUCCCCACGAUUGGGUUCAAUGUUGAGACGGUGUCCUACAAGAACAUCAAGUUCCAGGUGUGGGACCUGGGGGGUCAGACCAGCAUCCGCCCCUACUGGCGCUGCUACUACCCCAACACACAGGCCAUCAUCUACGUGGUGGACAGCAGCGACGUGGAGCGCAUAGGCAUCAGCCGCGACGAGUUCCACGCGAUACUGUCUGAGGAGGAGCUCAAGGACAGCCUGCUGCUGGUGUACGCCAACAAACAGGACCUGCCAGGGGCACUGUCUGAGGCGCAGGUGGCGGAGGCGCUGGGGUUGCACGACAUCCGGGGGCGGCCCUGGGCCAUCUACAAGACCAGCGCCAUCAAGGGGGAGGGCCUGUUUGAGGGGCUGGACUGGCUCUCAACAAACCUCAGUAAAUGA